UUGACUAAUGGAUUUUUGUUAUAAACAUUAGUAAUUUUCUUUAAUUUUUAAUAUCAGUUUUUCAUUAUUUCAUUGUCGACAUGGGUGAAUUGUUGAAUAACACUGACAAUAUUUUAAAUAAUUUUCCUUUAUUGUUAAGAAAUAACAUAAAACAUAUAUGCUUACAAAGUACAAUAGGAUUUCUUCGUAUUGGUUUGGACGAUAUAACAAUUGUUUCGAAUAUUCACUCAAUAAAAUACGACUUGGACCAAAACUUUCACUUGGUGUUCAAAAUUCCCUACGCAGGCAAAAAACUCAAAUGGGAAAUCAUAUUUGAUCCGGAAGAGUACGAAUUUGCGCCCGAUUUCGAUUUUAACGACGAAGAAUUCAUGAGUUAUUUUAGCAUAGAAACCACAUUCGAAAAUUCCCAUGCUUGGAAGAAUUGGAAUGUAAAAAAUCCCGAAUCGUUAUCACGACUAAUCAAUGAGUUUUUAGUUGUAUACAAAAAAUACCAGAUCGAAAAAUUAAAAUUGGAAAAUAUAAUGUACUCGCGAUACUUGGAGGAGUACGAAGUACUUAUUAGAAAAAUGGAAGGAAUACAAGAUGAUAAUGUCCAAAUUAGCAUCGAAGGGAAUAGUGUUGUGUUUCUUAUAGCACUAAAAAUAGAUUGUUCUUCUUUACCGGAAUAUAUGGACGUACGUAAACGCUACAAUGUAUCAUACGAGCAACUGCCACUAGAUGCAGGCACUGAUUUUUGCCAUCUGAAGGUAUCCAUAUUGAAAUCGGAGGGAAUGCGGCUCAAUUGUUCUGUAAUUUUAUCGCCUCGAUUAGGGCAAGCCUUGGAAAAUUUCAAAUUUUAUAAAACCGAUUUCAAAAAAGAUACUCCUUUAAUCGACAUCGUUUCAUCGGUAUCCAAGAAAAUCGCUAAUAGGAUUCAGCAAAUUGUAGCUCUGAACAAAUUAAAGAAAAUUUAUAUUACGAACAUCGUAUCGAGGUGUGUGGAUGGAAUUACUGAAUACGAUGUCAUGUCUUUCAACGAAGCCGUGUUUUCGUACAGUAUUAAUGAUUACACCUGCUUAGUUAGUGUUAAUAUAGGUAGUAAAUUUCCCUCAGAGAGGCCUUCUCUUGUACUCACUUCUAUGAUGUGCAAAGAUGUUAAAUGUACCAAAAUUGUCCAAAAGUAUCCUUAUGACUGCAAUUUAUCUCCUGACAUGAACGUUAAAAAUUUGUUCGAGUUCUUACCUGAAAUAGUGGAAGAGUUCAAAUUACAUAAGCAUUAAUACUUUGACUUAUGUUAGGGUUUUUACAAUUAUCCUUACCAUGGAGGAUUGGAGGAAUUGCUGUUAAAAAGUUGUAAUAAAUGUAUAAAUUAUGAA